UUCCUUUCUCUGCGUCUUGAACCCAAACACAGCCCCCCGUGGUAUUCCUGCGCCGUAGUGCGGGGUGGCAUAGGGGGGUGGAGAGGCUAAGAAAGAAAACUAAGGGAGGGAGGGGGCGAGGUGUUCGCUCCGCGUCUCGCAAGCCUCGCGACGAAUGGAGUCCAGGGCUCUGUGUACAUCACUCCAGACGAUGUGAAGACAACCGCGGGGAUUUUUUUUUUAUUUGCGUCAGUGAUUGAUUCGUUUUAAUUUAAUGCAAAUAAGUUUUGCGUCAUUGGAUUAUUGAUGAUUAAAUAUAAUCUUUCUAAUCAUUUAAAUUCGAAAAUAAUUAGUUAGCAAGUAUUUUUUUUUUUUUAUUUGCGAAAGAUAAUGAAAAAAGUUCAGGAUAAUGUCCUUCUGCCAGACAUGUAUUAAGUGUUAGUGAGAAACAAAAUAGUUUUACACUUGACGAAAGAAAGUCAUAGACGUGUCUCUACCACCCACGGGUGAUAUACGCAUGAUAUGUGGACAACACAGCAUUGUUUCGGUCCGUGUGUCAACACACUGGUGUGAUGAUGGACGGCCAGCACACGUACAAUUAUUAAUACUCUCAAGACUAACUUUGAAUUACGCCACGACGUCCUAAUUAAAAACCAAGACAGUUCGUUCCGAGAGACGCAGUAUUAAGUAUUAGAUCUAGAUUAGGCCUAAUUGUUUUCGGUGUAGAUUUCUUAGAUGUGUUGAUUGUGUCAUUGGAUUUAUUCGUUCACUUCCAAACAACACAUCCGUUUUGUGAAUGUGUUGAACUUUUGGGAUUUAACAUCAACAUCAAACGUGUGAAUGAGUUGAAUUAGUUGAAUGUGAUGUUCUAAUGAAAUCAACAAAUUUUCUUUUGAGGAUUUUGAGUGUAUUAUGAAAUAGUCAGAUCUACUUGGUAACAGGCUUUCAAAUCUGCAACACGGAAUAUUUGAUCAUAUAAGACACUGCCAUGUGAUAGAUCAACCAUUCGAACUCAAAACAAGAUAUGGACAGGGUGCGCUGUUUGGAUUAGACGUGGCAGCGGUAGCCCAACACGGCAGGGGCCUGGCCCCAGGUGGCCAGCGUGACCUGAUAAUGGCCAUAGUCACAAAUACCUGGAUCAGUACCAUCAUAGUCAUUUUAUCUGUGCUCCAAGUGGUUCACGCUUCCUGGUGGUACCUGGGAGUGACCAGUUCCUAUCAGAUUCUGGCUGACGAGGUCCGUCACAAGCCUCAAGCCUGCUCUAACAUUCAGUACUUCCUGCCGCACCAGAGGGACAUCUGCAGCAACGACGGCAAACUGCUGGACGUCAUUCGGAGUGGUGCCUCUAUGAGCAUCGAGGAGUGUCAGUAUCAGUUCCGAGAUCGACGGUGGAACUGCUCCACCACCAACAGCACGGAUGUAUUUGGAAAAGUUCUUUAUAUCAAAAGUCGAGAAACUGCAUACAUCUACGCCAUAUCGUCUGCGGGAAUUAUGUAUGCUGUUACCCGCGCAUGCGCCAAGGGGGAGCUUGACAAAUGUGGAUGUGACACGAAGGUGAAGACUCGCCAGCCAGGGGAGGACUUUGAGUGGGGCGGCUGUUCCGACAACAUACGUUACGGCGCCAAGUUUUCUAAAGAUUUUUUGGAUCAAAACGAAACCAGAUCAAAGGAUCACGGCACCAUGAAUCUCUGGAACAAUGGCGCAGGAAGGAAGACAAUAAAAGAUGAAAUUGAUGUCCAGUGCAAGUGCCAUGGCGUAUCGGGCGACUGCUCCGUCAAGAUCUGCUGGCGUAAAAUGCGCACCUUCAGAGACAUUGGCGCAGUACUGAAGCAAAAAUUCGACGGCGCGAGCUACGUCCGUUGGGACAAGAGCCGGAAACGGUUGAAGCGCAUCACAGGCAAGCAAAAGAGGCCCACCAAAAAGGACCUGGUCUAUCUGGCCGAGUCACCGGACUUUUGCGAGUACAACCCUGACUAUGGCUCCUUGGGCACCCGGGGUCGGCAGUGCAACAAGACCAGCUACGGGUUGGACGGCUGCACGCUCAUGUGCUGCGGCCGUGGGUACCAGACAUUGGUUAGUGAGGAGAAACAUGACUGCGACUGUAAAUUUUACUGGUGCUGUCGAGUGGAGUGUAAAAAGUGUACAAAAAGCUUAGAAAAACAUUACUGUAACUAGGUUACAAAAGAGAAUUUUAACAUUACUGUAACUAAGUUACAAAAGAGAAUUUUAACAUUACUGAAACUGAGUUCCAAAUGAGGCUUCUACAUUAAAGGAACAGAGUUACAAAUGAGGCUUUGACAAGUUACAGGAAGCACUAUUAUUACCAAAACUAAAAUACAAAAGGAAAUUCUACAAACUCAUAACAAAGUUACAAGAGAGACUUCUACAUCGCUGUAACAUGCUAAGCUGAAGAUAGCACCACUAAAUAAAGCCAAAAGCUAAACAUAUUUUCUGUUUGUUAAUAAGGCUGUGUUCAUAUUCGUAACAAGUUUUUUUUUUAAUUAUUAACGUUAUUAUUAUUAUUAUUAUAUUUUUAAAUUAUGGACAUGUUACAAUAGUAGAGCUUGUAUGGUGUUAUAAUGUAGUUAUGUAUGUUGGAUAAGAGUCUCAUAAUAUCAACUCCAGUGCAGGAGAAGAGUCUCAAAAUAUUGGACUCUAGUACUGGAUAUCAUAAGAGUCACAUUAUAUUGGACUCCAGUACUGGAUAACAUUAGGGUCACAUUAUAUUGGACUCCAGUUCUGGAUAUCAUAAGAGUCACAUUAUAUUGGACUCCAACAUAGGAAAAAGAGUCUCAUAAAAAUAGACUCAAAAGCCUGAGAAUUCAAGAGUUUCAUAAUUUCCUAUUGCAUUAUCGCUUAAUAUGAACUGUCACAAAUUGAAUAUCUGUACACAAUUCAAUGAGUCAAUUUGAUUCUAAGGACAUCAACAAUUUUAGAAAACAGAACUCAUUUGGGUGCUUUGAGGGAUUCAGUUGUGAAAGUGUAUAUUUCAUGCAUAAUGCUGUUUAUUGUUCGGACUAUAUAACUAAUGACAGCAUGAUGCAUUUCAAAAGUAAAUGUCUAUUUAAGGCCAAAUAAUCUUUUAAGGAACAACUUCCUGAGAGCUAAGACCAUCAAUUUCCACUAGGUCUUAAGGACUGAAACUCAUCCAGUUUCAAUUAGUUGAAUCUCUUUGUAUUUAACUACAGGUCUUACGUUAGGACUGGAUGAACUAAACCAACUCUAUAAAAGCCAUGUAUUCACACGUCGUAUUAGAGGAUUUAUCCACACAGCUAUAAAGAGACUGUAGAGACAGCGCUAUAAAGAGCCCAAAAUACAUACUUAAGACAUCUACCUCAGCAAUCACUAACGAGAGGGAAGCCGGCUAUUGGCACCGGAAGUGAUGCUCUGUGAAUAUUAUAUGAACACGAGCCUCAACUAACAAUGUGGGCAAAGAACAGAAGACUAGAACUUUUUUUUUCCUGACAAUGAACAAAGCAGUUCUUUAAGUGGCGAACAAAAAUGUUCAUACUUCAUAAUGACAGGAAUUGGAAUUGUGUGGGAUUUUACUACAACUUUGAUCGGAGUUCAAGUCUGUACAAUUCAUAAUGUUAACCAACUUAGGUCAUUUUUUGUUGUUGCAAAACAAAAUAUUCUAUCAUUCUCUGCAACAUUAGGUAAGAAGCAAUGAACCUUUAAACAUUGAACAUUCAAACAUGGACCAUUGAAACACUGAACAUUUCAACACUGAACAUUAAAUCGUUAAACAUUGCAACAUUGAAGGAACACCUCACAAGAAAAUAGAUAAAAACCUUUUUUAAAGUUUUAUAAUAUAUCGAUCUAUUUAGAAAUUUGAGGUCGAAAAAAGAUAAUCUGAAUUAUUUGCAUGACUAGACAAAAAAAAAAACGUUUAAGAAAGUUCCGACUUCAAUUUAGAUGACUUGGUGAAUAUUUAAGUUCUUUUGAAAAUACCUCAAUACAACACCAUCUGAUUUCUUACACUAAUGCCAACAACAACAGCAACGACAUCUUUAUCAAUAACAUUCAUAACAACAACAACAGAGUCUAUAAAUAUAUUUAUUUAUGUUCUUUUUGUGUUUAUAGUUCACGUGUAAAUUAGAUUUACUUUUAGAUCGUGUGUAAAGAAUGCUGUCAUUGUAAAUAGAUAUUGUACAUUGUAAAGCUAUAUGAGAAUAUUUUUUUUUAACCUUGUUAAGGAGAAAUUCUUCUUGUUUUAUCAUUGAGACUUUGAUCUAGAAGUCAUUUGAUUGCUCCAGUAUUUUAACGAGAGCCGGAGAAGAAAACCUAAAUCUUGUCAAUACAUAAUGGGCGUUGUAUUCUUUGUCAAACAAAGGUAUCUCUAUAUGUUUUAACAGCAAGAGGCUCACUUAUUUGUAUAGAAACUAAUAUGAGUACAUUUGUUAAAUUUUGUGCUAACAUUCUACGGUUUUUUACUGCUAUUGUCAACACAAAGAACAAAGCAAACUGGAAGCUCAUUUAUACCUUAAAUUUUUAAUUUAAAAUGUCAGUAAGCGGCAUCUCUUUUUGUAAUAACUAAUUAGAAUUCGGAAGCGCUGUGGCUGAGUUGUAAAGUGCUUGGCUGCCGAAUCGGAGGGUCCCGGAUUCGAAGACUGGGGAAAAGUAAAGGCUUUAGGCUGGCCACAUGACACCCUAGUUAACCGUGGGCCACAAAACAAAUGACCUUUACAUUAUCUGUCCAGUAGAAGGGGAACUUCCAGCAGAAUUUAUAUGAAGACUAAUGGGAGAUCCAAUAAAUCUGGUGACUACGAGCCAGCUCUGUAAGAAGCAGUCGUAUUAAAGAACACUAAAGGUUCAUGGCUUCAUAUUUUAAAGCAAUCGGCAAUUUCAAGUGGACUUUGCUACAAUAUUCAUGCGUUCAUGAAAUUGAAACAUCGAUGUUGUUUGUUGUAACGGAUACAUAGAACACAUUUAGCUAUUUCACAAUGGUGUAAAUAACUGCAUCCAUAAUGAAUCAAUGGGCGCCCAGCUGCGAGCAAUGGUGAAUGUCUAAUGUUGUCAGUUCUAGUUUGUGUGACGUAGAGUUUGUACAUAAAUAGAUAUCUCAUAGACCAGAGAUGUUGGUUCAAGUCUACUAGAUCACUGCUUCUCUUAAUUUGUAUACCAGCUGUUCGUGGUUCUCUCCCAUCCCAUCGCUUGUCAUCCGUCACUGUUGAAUAUAUUAAUGAACACACAUUUCCGGUAAACACAAGCUUAACUCUCAACUCAACCUAAGCUCAUACAUCUCAUGCUUUAUGCACAUAUAACUAAGGCUGAUACACUACGUUCUUAUCAACGAUUAAACCACACUCUUCACUGCGACACUGCUAACCACACAACUCACACCAAAGUUUUGCCCGACUCUUCACUGCAACAGUUAAACCCAUAGACCUAUUAUUAAUAUUAAUAGCCUGGACAAGUCAACAAUCGACCUUUCUCGCUAAAUAGGAACGAAUCAAUGUAGAUAGUUGUAUUGUACUGUAGUUACAAGAAGCUUAAAUGUUUUCAUGUUAACCCUUUAAGUCCUACAUCUGUGACAAGAGGACAUGACUGAUAGUGUAUGCUAAAUUUAAAAUUGCGGGGCCCCUGCCAGGCUCGGGGCCCAAUUUAGGCAAUCGAUCAAAUCAACCUAAGGCCGGCACUGCACUUUGCAGCUGGGUGACAAAUCAGGAAGGUGUUCCACGCCUCUGUUUGCUUCGACUUGUAGCUGUGACAACACCAGAAGUGGAAGCAUGACACCAGAACUGAAAGAAUUUAUAAUAGUAAGAUUGAUAAUAAGAAGAAGAAUUACACAAAUGAUAUCGUAAAUGAUGCAGUCAUCUUCACUAUCAGUCGUUUCAAUGAAAGUACAUUCAAAUUCAGAUUACAGCGACUUGUAUAUUUAUACUUAUAAAUUAUAGCUUUUAUAUAGCGCUACUUUCAAGCUUAUAGUCGCUAUGGUCCAAGUUCACUUGUUGGGGAGGGGGGUAUCUGGGAGAAGGUUUUCCGUGCUGCUUCAUAGUUAGCCAAGCCAAGUUCAAGCGUACUUAGCAUCUCGACCACGCUUAUACAUUUAUCUUUCAAUGCAUUACAAAUAUUAAUUGACUGAAUUUAAAAUCAUUACGUAGUUUGAAUUAACUAAUACAACAGACAGCAAACACACACAUACAAGACAAAACAGACAGUCCACACGAAGUACAAUACAUACGGAACUUAAUGAGCAUUUUGAGUUGCACAACAAAUCAAUAGAUCAAUAAAAGGAUGUCUUAAGAAGUGCUUAGUGAAGCGAAGACUUUGAACAACUCUGUAACAACCCCCCUGUAUGUUUAGUGUAUGCUCUAUUUAUAG